AAUGUCCUUGAAGAAAAUAUCAAUGCGCAUUCUACUAAUGUUGUCCCAAAUCUGGGGUAUCACGUGAAAAAACGGUACUCACUGCUUCUAAUUCAAUAGGACGUACCUCUCUUUUGAACAUUGACAAUGGGGUAUUUAAAUAGGUUGAUAUAAGUCCUCAUAUGCAAUAUUUUUUAAAUGUGAGCAUAGAAAUUGAAGUUCAGACAUAAUUGUCCAUAUUAAUUUCAUAAAUUCUGAAAAAUCAUUCAAGAUGAGUUUCCAAAAGACAAUUCAAAAUGGUAUAUAUUUUCAAUACGCAUUGUAUACACUGAAACUUGUAGUAGCCCACAAUGCCUUGCAACUCAUUCACCUGAUUGGUUUGUCGAUAAAAGUAAAAAGAUAGCUAAUAUAGUUUACAAAUUUAUGCCGACGUCACAAAAUCUAGUGGUCUCCACUUGUUUAAAUCACAUUUGACGUAUACCGUUAAACUCUUUUGCAUUAAUCAAAACGAAAGUACAUGCAGGUAGGGAAUAAUCCAGCAUGGUUUAGCUAUAGGGUACAUCACGAUGGCCACUCCAGACAAAACCUUCAUAGUGGCAGCGAUCGACUUCGGCACGACCUUCAGCGGGUAUGCCUACUCCUUGAUCAGUGACCACAAAAAGGACCCUCUGAAGAUUUACUCCCCAACCUGGGAAAAUGACGGGAAUGGAACACAGAAAACACCAACAUCCAUCUUAUUUGACGAUAAAGGAGAAUUUCACAGUUUUGGCUACGAAGCAGAGAAGAAAUACUCGGAUUUGGCCGCUGCAGAUGAACUGGAUGAAGAUGAGGACAACGAGUCAGACGAGGAUUACCGGAACUGGUUUUAUUUCAGGCGGUUUAAGAUGGCCUUAUUUAGAGCUGCAUCGCAAGGAGGAAGACCGAAGGGAAAAAAGAUCAAAGAAGAUAUGCAGAUUACAGCUGCAAAUGGAAAGAAAAUGUCUGCUUUAAAGGUGUUUUCAGAGGCCAUACGGUACCUCAAAGAACAAUUGGACAAAGAAUUGGAAAAGUGUCUCGUUGAAGACCACGAAGGAAAGUCGACGCAACAGGAGUCCUGGGCAGACCAUGUUCGAUGGGUGCUGACAGUUCCCGCCAUUUGGUCAAAUGAGGCUAAACAGUUUAUGAGAAUGGCAGCUGUACAGGCGGGCAUUGCAAAUAACCAGCUAAAAUUGGCAUUGGAACCGGAAGCAGCGGCCAUUCUUUGUAAGCAGGUGGCGCUGAGCAAGGACAAGGAGGAGUCAGAGGUCAAGGCAUUUCAGCCCGGCAGGAAGUUCAUGGUGGUGGACUGUGGGGGUGGUACAGUUGAUGUAACGGCACAUGAGGUUGUUGGAGGCGGGGGUCUAAAGGAACUGCACCAUGCCACUGGCGAUGCUCUAGGAGGAACCAAUGUCGACCGGAAAUUCUUCAGCGCCAUGACAGAGUGGCUGGGAGAGGAUGUGAUGAAGCGAUUUGAAAAAGAGAGCACCUCUGAUUGGUUGGAAUUUGAGAGAAAUUUUGAAUCUAAAAAGCGAAGCAUAGGUCGAUCUGACGAGGAAUAUAUUACUUUCUCAAAUUUGGGAGAACUUUGUCGAAUUUAUAAAGAGCUGAAAGGCAGUUCGGUAAAGUCCAGAAUGACCGAGUGUAAGUUGGAAGGAAAAGUGAGCAUUGUGAAGGAAAACAAGUUUCGAUUUAAGACCGGUUUCCUAAAAGACUUAGUUUAUAGAGAAACAAUUUGUGAUCUGGUAAGUCAUCUAGAGAAGUUAUUUCUGAACAUGGCUGUCUCUGAAAUUAGAAUAAUUCUCUUGGUGGGAGGGUUUUCAGAAUGUCCAAUACUUUACGACAAAAUCAAAGACACAUUCCCCAAGAAAGUCAUAAUCAAUCCAGCCGAGGCGAACCUCGCUGUCCUAAAGGGUGCCGUGAUCUUUGGACAUGAGCCGGCAACAAUUACCGAAAGAAGGAGUCCAAAAUACUACGGCAUUGCAACCAAUGCUCCAUUCCAAACAGGGGUACACCCAGAAUCGUAUAAAUUGAAAGUCGAUGGCAUGGAUGUUUGUACAGACGUGUUUAAAUGCAUGAUCGAGAAAAACGCUCCCCUGACGCGAAUCCAGAAAACCUUCACUCUAUCCUCAGCAUACAGUACUUCUGGCAACAUUGAAAUCUAUGAGUCUGAUAAACUGAAGACUUUCACUACGGAAUGCCGGAUGCUAGGAACGGUUGUCUUGGAUGUAAAGGACUACAAAUUUCAGGAUAAAAAACGGGAGAUUGAUGUUUCCUUGGAGUUUGGAUCGACGGAACUGUAUGUUUUUGCCACAGACAAAAGUACUGGCCGUACAGUGACGGGCAAGUUUGACUGUCUCAAUAAAUAGCGUUCCCUUGUUUGGAGAAGUUGAAUCACAUAUCUAUUACAUGUAUUUGUGCGAGGUGCCGCGGACAGACAAUGUGGCUUGACGGUAACGGAUCAUGUCUUGUACUUUUUACAGUAAUGCUUUCUUGUCGCUGAAAUAUGAAAUUGUGCUGAUUGAUUGCUGAUUAAUGAUUCUCUCAUUUAUUCGUUGAUCAAAGCCAUGAAAAUAGAGCGAUAGCAACAAGUACCCACGUUUACAAUGAUGGUGAUCUGUGGAUAUUUGUGUUGUUUGCACAUCUAUUGUAUUAUAUCUUUGUAUUGGGAGAAAGCGGUCUAAGUAAUGGAACUUGUGCCCAAUCCUAAUUGUAUUUUUGUACAAUAAAAAUAUUUUCAAAUCAA